AUGGAAGUGAAAAAAUUGUCUCCAAACUCGCAAAACGCCUUGACCGACACAAAGCGUGAAAAUUUGACGAUGGAUAUUGAGGCAAAAGAUGGGUUGCGUUGCGAUGGUGGAAACAGCAAGGAGAGCCCGGAAAUUUUGGAGGGGAGAAGCCAGGCAAGGAGCGUAGGUAGUGCGGGAGGGGAACAAGAGGGGAGACGAGACGGCGCGGCGCGGCGAGCCAGCGAGGGAGCAAUGAAUGAAUGGGGCGCACCAAAUGCAAACUUACCCGUGAAGGGAUCACGUCUCUCUAUCAGGGAGAGGCUAUUGCUGUGUCUGCGGAAGCUUUCGAGGGUUGAAAGCCAAAUUGACAGCAGUGAAUCGAGUCAAGCAGGUUGUCGAUACUGA